GACAUUGACAACACAACAAUCAAUUUCCUCUCUCUUUCCUCUCUCUCUCUUCGAUUCCACCACAUUACAACAUUGUUCUUCUCGAAACAAAAAAACUUCCCCUCUUUUUGGACCAAGAAAAGUCUUCUUAAUUAAUUAACAAUGUUUUUUGUUUUAUACUACUCCUUAUUAAUUACUUAAUUAAUUAAUAAUUAACUUAAUCAUCUUUUUACUUCUUUUAUUAAAACCCUUAUUUCUCUUUCCUCUUCUCUUCAAUUUGAAUUCAUUCAUUCAUUCAUUCGUUCACCUUCGCUUCAAUCCCAACCGCAUAAUUUCAAUUCCUUCUUUCUCAGGUUUAUUUAUUAUAGUGUUGUUUUGAAGCUGAUUCAUUUGGUGCUUACAACAAAAGCUGCAAAAUAAUCUAUAUUCCAAUUUCCACUUUGCUUUGUCUCAAUUUGUGUGAAAGUUUGAGAGUUAACUUCUGUUGGACAGUGAACGCAAGUUUUUUUUGGUGUAUGUGGUGUCUCUUUUGUGGUGCCACAUCUUUUAUCCAUGGGGGAGUGGGUUGUUGGAGCUUUCAUCAAUCUUUUUGGUAGUAUUGCUAUAAACUUUGGGACCAACCUUCUUAAACUAGGACAUAAUGAGAGAGAAAGAUAUUUACUUGGAAGUGAUGGGGUACAUGGAAAGAUGACCCUGAAGCCUAUUAUAUACUUUCCGAGUUGGAGAAUCGGUAUCCUAUUUUUCUUUUUUGGAAACUGUCUUAAUUUCAUUUCGUUUGGCUAUGCUGCUCAGUCACUUCUUGCAGCUCUGGGAUCUGUUCAAUUUGUAUCUAACCUUGCAUUUGCUUACUUUGUGUUGAACAAAAUGGUGACAGUCAAGGUACUGGUUGCCACAGCUUUCAUUGUUCUUGGAAAUGUUUUUCUAGUUGCUUUUGGCAAUCACCAAUCACCUGUUUAUACUCCGGAGCAGUUGACAGAGAAAUAUACCAAUGCAGCAUUCCUUCUGUACCUUCUAGCUUUGAUUGUAAUUGUUAUCUUGCAUCACUCCAUUUACAAGCGGGGUGAAUUUAUGCUUGCUGUAUCAGGACAUGACCUCAAACCCUUUUGGAGUAUGCUAUUGCCAUUUUCAUAUGCUGUAGUUUCAGGGGCUAUAGGUUCAUGUUCAGUUUUGUUCGCCAAAUCGCUGUCUAACCUCUUACGGCUGGCUAUGUCCAAUGGUUAUCAGUUGCACAGCUGGUUCACGUAUUCCAUGCUUCUUUUUUUUCUCAGUACUGCUGGAUUUUGGAUGACUAGGUUGAAUGAAGGACUGUCCUUGUUCGAUGCAAUUCUUAUUGUUCCGAUGUUUCAGAUAACAUGGACUUUCUUCUCAAUCUGUACAGGAUUUAUAUAUUUUCAGGAAUAUCAGGUAUUUGACACGUUAAGGACAACAAUGUUUAUACUUGGAAUGAUGUGUGUGUUCAUUGGCAUUUCUUUGCUGGCACCUGAUGAAUCAAAAGUUUCCGAAACUAAAGACAGUUCUUUGGACUCCGCCGUGUCUCCUGCCAUUUCAACAGAAAUGAAAAGGCUAGUAGCAUCUUCCGAAGAAGCACACAACAAAGACCCCAGAUCUUUUGUCAAAGGAGUCCUGAUAAAGAUUACAGAUAUUCUGGUCAAGGCAAAGACUUCUUGUGCAUUAACACUUGGUUUCGGGGAGGAUACGAUAAAUGCAUCUUCAGUUCUUGUGAUGCCAAUGAUGUCAUCGAGAAUGAAUGGCUUCAGAGGUAAUGCACUCGAACGAGCAAGGAUUUUGUCGAUGAGGAAUUCUGGUUGGAGCAAGAUACCUUUGGAUGAAGAUGCCACAAAAUUGCUUGACAGUAGUACAAUUGUUCCUCCUAGCCCUUGAUAGUGUUUGAUAUCCAUAGGAUUUCCCAAUUUUUUAUUUCUUUGAUUUCUUUUUUUUUCCAAUUUUUUUAAUGAUUGGAGUAGAUGAGAUAUAAACCAUUGAUUCAUAAUUAAUUCAAUUAUUUGCCCCAUUGAGCAUUCAUGUAAUCUUCCCCCUAAGAAAAAAAAAACAGAUCAAAAAAUUCUAUAUUGUAUAUACUUGUAAAUUUUUGCUUGGACAAAUUGAAAAGAAAAAGAAGCUUUGUCUUGUCUUA